AUGACUCUCUUGACAAUCAUCGCCGUCACGGUUAUCGGGAACAUCUUUGUAAUCGUUGCAUAUAUCCGUGAUGCCCAAAUUCGAUCCAAAAUCGCUAACCUCUUUAUCGUAAACCUAGCCAUCACUGAUCUAAUUGUUGGAAGCGUUGUCAUGUCCUUUAACCUUGUUGACAUCGUCAAAGGCCACUGGUCUUUCGGAGAGACAUUCUGUAAGCUUUGGUCCACAUUGGAAUUCACGUUGACACUGAUGUCCACCCUCACCAUGCUCAUGAUCAGCUGGGACCGUUACUGUCUGCUUACAAUGGGCAUUGGCUACAAAAGCUACCAGACAAAAAGACGAGUUGGAAUAGCAUUAUCCGCCUCUUGGAUGACAUGCCUGAUUUUCUACGGAACUUUAGCAUUUGGCUGGAAAGGUCUUUUCGGAAGCGGCACCCUUGAUUAUUCUGCGAAUUGUGAGAUGGAUUUUUUGACAAACGUAAAAGCAACAAUUGUGGUAAAUUUUAUAGAAUUUGUGAUACCUUUUACUAUUCUCUUGAUCUUUAAUGUUCUUGUUUACAUCAAAAUAAGGAGACGAUCUGUUGGAGUGAUCGGGGAUAGUCACGACAUUGAUGAUUUACCGGAUAAAGGACAUCGAAGUCUUGGCAUUGGACACAUCGAUAGACCCAUUUUUCAACCUGAAACUGAAAGAAAAACGUCUGAUAAGGACCUUACAAAGAAAUUCCGCCCUAGUCUCACGCACGUUAUUUCACCAACGCACACUUCUUCGAAACUAGAAACAGAAGAGCUUGAAGAUUUGCCACAAUACAGAUCUGAUCAGCACACUUUGGGUGACCCAUUGGACCACCCUUUCAAUGCAAGGAUCCCCAUGACUGACGUAAGAACUAUUCGUGUCUUCACAUCUUCACUUCCCCAGCAAGCUAUUGAUAAAGACCAACUGAAUGGCAGAUUGAUUGCAAACAAGGCUCUUAAACGAACCAUCUCUAGACAUAGGAAGGCUGCGAUUGUUCUCACCACUCUCAGUUGCUGCUAUUUUCUCUGCUAUUCGCCAUACAACAUCUGCAGCAUUGUCUACGCCAUUUGCAGAUUUGAAUGCACGAAUGACCUAGUCUGGGAAAUUACGUCUUAUCUCCUCUGGUGCAAUUCAGCGAUCAACCCUAUCAUCUACGCCGCUACGAAUGUUCAUUUCAGAAGGAACUUUCGUAGGUUUUUGUUUUUAGAUCGCUGGAGCUGCGAUUCAAAAUCAUGUAGGAUAUCAAACCUUCGUAACAACUGCUGCGUGAAUUCAUUUGCUGAAACAGACGAUGAAACUCGACAGUGA